AUGAUACAAAAAACGUCUAACAAAUUGAACUUUCAGGGCCUCCGAGGAAUCGCUUCAUUCCUAGUAGUCCUCACCCAUCUCGCCCGAGCCUGGGACUACGAUCUGUUCUCACCACGCGACAACGAAGAAGCAACCCCACGAAUUCUCCAAUGGCCCAUCCUCCGCAUCCCCUGGCAAGGCCGCCUAGGCGUAACAAUCUUCGCCUUCCUAACCGGCUACGUCUGCGCACUCAAACCACUCAAGCUGUCGCGGGCAGGUGAUACAACAGGGGCAUUCGAAACAAUCGCAAAGAGCGCCUUUCGUCGACCACCACGACUCAUCUUCCCCGCGACGAUUGCGCUGUUCAUUUCAUGGACUGUGGCGCAAUUUGGCGGCUUUAUAGUUGCCAAUAGAUCUGAUUGCUGGUGGUGUCGAUAUGCGGCACCGGAUCUGGCGGAUUCCUUUUGGAAGGAACUUAUUCGUCUGCCGAUGAAUUUCUUGUCCACUUGGACGACCGGAUAUAUGGCGUAUGAUGAUCAUCAGUGGGCGCUGCUACCGCUGCUUUGUUCGUCUAUGUUGGUUUUUCUGGUGCUUUCGGCGACUAUGUUCGUCAAGUUUCGGUAUAGGGUUGUGGUCUAUCUUGGAAUGUUGUUGUAUUUCCAUCAGAAUGCCGGAAAGGAUAUAGAAACCUUCCAGAUGCAAGCCAUCUACGGCAUGCUCCUCAGUGACUUCUCCUACCACACAGCCCUCAAAGACUGGAUAGAAAAGCACCCGCGAGGAAGGAAGAUGUUGACUAUCCCACUCACGAUCUUCGCGUUAUUCCUCGCUUCAUACCCCGGUGAACAUCCAGAAUGGACCGGUUGGUCGAACGUGAUGCUCAAAGCAAGCCACUAUAUAUUCCCGCCAGACGUCAACGUCGGGAAACGCUAUACCGCACUCGCAAUUGACAUGAUCAUCCUGGCGAUAUUUUUCUCUCCCUCGACAAAAGACUUCCUCUCCAGCAGACUCCUCCUCUGGCUCGGCAAGCAGAGUUUCGCCGUCUACCUCAUCCACGGAACUAUGCUGCGGGUCGUGCUUUGCUGGAUGUUAUAUGGCAUCAGUGGUCAGCCGUGGAAGGGUCCUGAGCCAUUGACUGAUGACAAACGCGACGACUGGUUGCGUAUCCGGCCGCCGUGGGUCGUUGGGAUUAGUAUUCCGCUCUGGAUUGGACUUGUAUAUCUCCUUGCGGCGCUGUGGACGGCGUAUGUGGAUACAUUCUGUGCCUCUAUGACUCAGAAGCUAGAGAAGGCUGUAUUUGUUGAGGAUGAGAAGACGUCGUUGCCUUUGCAAUCGAUACCUAUGCAGACUUGA